AUGGAGGCCACGAAGAGGUAUUUGGAGAAAGAUGAGAAGAAGGCGAUAGACAUAGACUCACUGCCCCCAAAAAUCUUUGAGCCUUUGGUGACCGAAGGGCUCCUAGUCGAUCUUGUUGAGCCAGGCCGUCUUCUCUGCUCUUUCACAGUCCCAACUCGUCUGCUGAACGGCGGCAACUCCCUGCACGGUGGUGCGACCGCGACGCUGGUGGAUUUGGUUGGCUCAGCUGUGAUGUUCACCCAUGGAGCUACCAUGACCGGAGUUUCUGUGGAAAUCAGCGUUUCCUACUUGGAUGCUGCUUAUGCCGGGGAGGAAAUAGAGGUGGAGGCCAGGACUUUGCGCAUGGGGAAAACAAUGGGUGUUGUGAGUGUUGAGUUUAGAAAGAAAAAGAGUGGCAAAAUUGUUGCUCUAGGCCGCCAUACUAAGUACCUUCCUGUCUCCAGUAAAAUGUAAAAUUCAUCUCAUGAUGUUACUAUUUAUGUUAUCUUAUGUUUUAGCAAUAAAGGAUGCUCUUUUCAUUA